AUGCUGUCUCAACUUAUCCAGGCCCUCCAAGGCGAAGUUGACGCACACGAGGCUGAUGCCAACUCCGUCGAACAGAAAGAGCUUCAAGAAGACAUCGAGAUGCUCCGUUGGAGAUUGGAGGUGGCCACCCGGGCCGCGAAUCACCACGAGGACACUCUUGACAACAUCCGCGAAGAGUUCAACUACAAGUGGGCUGCGGAGACUACCGAGUGGAGGCACUCGGAAGCCGGCCAGGCCUUCCUGAAGGCGUGGAGAGACCGCCACGAGAAGACUACGAAGGAUCAUGAAACUGUCUCGGCCAAGCAGGCAAAGCUCGAGACCGAGCUCCAUGCCUUGAAGCUCAAGCUCAUGCGUCUCCAGGAGGAGGAGGAGUAG